GCCAUUACAGUCUCCCACACGCCACAUCAUCUUGGAAUACUAUUACUGGAAAAGCAUUCAAAUACUGCAAUGCCAUUAACCCAAAAUUACACGAAUAUUUAGAAUCUUCAGAAAAACGAACACAAAGGAAAAGCAUAUAGGAUUGAGAAAUCUGCUAAAUUACGGCGCAAUUUUCCUUUGCAUCUGUAGCAGGCAUGCAUAAAGCAUACCAGCCACUCAAACUUGCUGCUAAUAAAUAUCUGCAGAACAAAUGGGACCAGGAGCACUAUGAAGAGCAUCGAAAGAAGGUGAGGGAAGCCAAACCCAUAAUAGACACCAAAGGGAUCCGAACGCCAACCCACAUUCAAGUAAAGCUAAAGAAAGCACAGGUUCAAGAGGAGCGGCAAGCCAUCAUCCACAGAGAUAACCAACUGCUAGCGUCUAAACUAGCUGAUAUUCAGCAUUCUAAAGGGCGCAUAGACCACAGGAACUUCUAUCCAGUACGUAGUCUGAACUCUGAGAGGAGGAGGGCCGAGCUACUGCAGGUGACUCAUGAGAAUCGGACCAUCUAUGAGCGGAUUACAGCACAGGAAUCUGAAUACAGACGGGAACUGUGGGAGGAGAACUGGGCAAAAACCGAGCAAAGGCGAGAUGGUAUUACGUGCUAUCCACGGGGAGUGGCUGAUAAGCAGAAGGUGAAGAAAAGUGUCAAGUUUUUGGGAGGAGCACCAGGCCGGACGCUGAGCUCAUCCAGUAGAACAGAAGAUGGCGAAACCACAGACGAAGAUCUCCAACAUCAGUGAUGACUCAUUCUUCCAGGGUCCUACCACCGCUAACUAGGCGAUGACAUGGUACCCUUCAGAACAUUAAGACCAUGAAUGUAUAUACAGGAUUAAAAGGAACAUCUGGAUUUCUAUAGGAAGACAUUCUCACUAUUCCACUAUGCUCCUAAAUCUCGAUGGCUUUCAUAUCUAGUGUUUGGUGGCCAGUGGGUGGCAGCAUAAUACUUUAGAAUAACGUUAUUCAUUCAGCUGCAGUAAACACUUUAUACUUUAUUUCUAGUGAAUUGAACAACUUCGGGCUUUCAAGAGUCUGUUAAUUAAAAUGACUUGGAAGGCAGGUAGAAUUUCUCAGAAUUUCAACUGUUACAUAUAAGUGAGUCCUUUUUUACUACAAAUUCACAACAGGUUCUCAUCCUAGACCUGCUCGCUACGAUGUUGUUUUUGUCAUAUGAGAUUCAGCUGAAAUGAAACACAAUCAUGUAUGUUAUGUAGAGUGGUGCUUGAGUGGUGCUUUCUGCAUAAAUGACCUAAAACAUCAUGAUUUUCACAUAGAAGUCCAAAAAGUAGAUAAAAAGGACCAAAUUAAACAAAUGAGACAAAAAUAUUAUACUUGGUCAUUUAUUUAUUCAUGAAAAUGAUCCAAUAUUGCCUAUCUGUGAGUGGUAAAAGUAUGUGAACCUAUUCUUUCAGUAUCUGGUGUGACCCCCUUGUGCAGCAAUAACUGCAACUAAACGUUUCCAGUAACUGUUGAUCAGUCCUGCACAUCGUCUUGGAGGAAUUUUAGCCCGUUCCUCAGUAUAGAACAGCUUCAACUCUGGGAUGUUGGUGGGUUUCCUCACAUGAACUGGUUGUUUCAGAUCCUUCCACAGCAUUUCUAUUGGAUUAAGGUCAGGACUUUAA